AUGGAUCCUAUAUCUCUUGCCGGCUUGGCGCUGGGAGUCGCUUCCAUCAGCUUGCAACUUCUUAUCACGGCUUUGGGCUAUGAUGAUGACUGCAAAUAUCUCAACCUGCGCCUCAGGAUGGAGCAGCAGCGUCUAUUUUGCUGGAGUGAGGCUUCUGGCCUGCUAGAUCUCGAUGCCAAGAACCAGGAAAAGGUCCUCAACUCCAAUGUGUUUGACCUUCAUCGUCAGACCGUGAUCGAUCUGCUUGUCCAGAUUCAGUGUCUGUUCAAUGAGUUUACCGAGUACCAGAAGAAACAUAACAACCUCUCUGUUGUGGUGGAUAAGGAUGGUACUUUGGAGGCUCCAGAGAAAGAUGCCAAGUUAUCAAACUACCCCAUGACUGAGAAGAAAAGAAAUUUUAUCAAAAAGGCUAUGUCUGAACUCAAAACCAAGUCCUCUGAUAGCCUCACUAGGCUGCGAUGGAGUUCGUUUGACAAGCAAGGAUUUGAGAAGCUUCUGGCCAAGUUCUCACUUCUUAAUGAUAACAUGACGAAUAUCCUUGACCACUCCUUGCAAGUUGAGAUUCGCAACACCGUGCAAGACACAAACCGUGGGGUCCUGUUACUCCAUCACAAGAUCGCCGAUCUGAGUCAUCUCGUGUUGGCUCUCAAGUCCCAGCUCGACGCAAACUCGCCAGGGGGGCCUUCACAGAUGUCCAAGCUGGAGAGGGAAGCCAAUGCUGACGCACUAAGACAGUUAUCAAGACUUGCCAAGUUCAAAGCGUUCAACGAGACUAUUGACCCAAAGUCAAAUAAUCCAUCAGUCAUCGAUGAAGCUGCUGCCAAGUUCCUGGACCUUGCAAAACCUGGCCAUCAACGGAAUCUCUCAAGGUAA